AUUAUCUUCCUCCCCAGACUGACUCUGUUUCUUCUCCACCAUUCACAGUCGAGAAAAUGGCUUCUCUGAGCAUCUCUCUUCUUCCCAAAACCCUAACCCCCGCCACCAGGAAUCAGAACACUCUCCCUUCGCUUCCUUCCACCUCAUCCCUAUCGUUCCUACCGUGCGCUCCGGCGCACCUAAUCAAAUCAAGAGCCGCCGCUUUCACGGCCGUGAGAGCGUUGGGCGAUGGUGAAUACUCUGCGAAGAGGAGAAGCGGCGGCGAGGAAAGGGAAACGAUAAUGUUACCUGGCUGUGACUACAACCACUGGCUCAUCGUUAUGGAAUUCCCCAAAGACCCAGCUCCAACCAGAGACCAGAUGAUUGAUACUUAUCUCAACACUCUUGCCACCGUCCUCGGCAGCAUGGAAGAAGCCAAGAAGAAUAUGUACGCAUUUAGUACCACAACAUACACCGGGUUUCAAUGCACCGUUUCUGAAGAAACAUCCGAGAAAUUCAAGGGUCUACCCGGUGUUUUAUGGGUCUUGCCCGAUUCAUAUAUCGAUGUUAAGAACAAGGAUUACGGAGGAGAUAAAUACGUUAAUGGAGAGAUAAUUCCAUGUCAAUAUCCGACUUAUCAACCAAAGCAGGAUAGAAGUACAAAGUACAAGAGCAAAGCAUACGUAAGACAGAGAGAUGGCCCUCCUGCUGAACAAAGAAAACCUAAAAAACAAGAAGCCGCUCCAGAAUCUACCUCUUAAUGAAUUACGUCCCGUGUAGCAGUUGCAAUUCGAAUUGGUAUAAAUGGAUUUUUUGUAAUGUUGUUUACAGCUUGGGAUUGGUUUCACAAAUGGGAGGUUGAUUAAGAUUAGCGAUUCCCCUCAUAAUCGGAGCUGUACGAGUAUGUAAUCUGGAACUCCUUAAUCCUUAAUCAUGGUUCUACAAUCGAUUGUCUGAGUAACGAUGCUUGUUUCCUUUCACCUAUGGUUGACUUUGGUAGCUUAAUAUUGUAAAAAAAAAAUUGUAUUUAAUAGUGUUGAACAAAAUUUAAGUUAAGCUUAUAUUCA